UCCUUGACGGAACUUUCUCCUGCUCCGUACAUAAAAAUGGCAACCUCCUGCAAGCCAAGCUCACAGAACCUUCAGAAGUGCUGUUUGUGUCUUACAAAGGCAAAGAAUCUUGUUAUUAUUCCUUGUGGGCACAACUACUGCAGGUCCUGCAUUGACUGCUUAAUCAGUAAGUAUGAACACACAGGCUCGUACAGCUGCCUGCAGUGUUCGCAGACUUUCUGCACUAAUCCUGAUCAGGACAGACCAGUGGACAAACUCGAGAAAACAGAUCUCCGCACUGAAACCUCAGCAGAAACCGCUGCGGGUCCAUCCUCUUCCGGCUUGACUAGACCUGACCAGGAUAGCCCUGUGGACGGUGUCAAAAUGACAGCUCUCCAAACGCAAACCACAGCAGACACCACUGCCAGACCGGAGGACAUGGCCUGCGACUCGUGCGCUGACAGCGGACAGGAAGCUGCCAAGUCCUGCCUGGCGUGUCUGGCCUUGUACUGCGACACACACCUGCUGCACGACGACCUCCAUCCGAGGGCUGCACACAUUCUGAUGGACGCUACCAAUCAGCAGGAGGCCAUGACAUGCUCUGUACACGGUAAAGUCCUGGAUGUUUACUGCCAUAACGAGAAACAAUGCAUCUGUUGCAUGUGUAUGCUGGAGGACCACAAAGGGCACGACAUGGUGGCAACAGGACAAGUCAUAAAGAAGGAGGAGCUAAGGAAGUCCAAGCAGAUGAUCGCAGAGCAAAAGAAGCAGCUAAAGGAGCUUCGCUUGGCUAAAAACACUCUCAGGGACAUCGCAAUAGCUACAGAGGCGGAGAGCGAGCGGCUUUUCACCGAACUGAUCCACUCAAUCAAGAGCAGCCAGUCUGUGAUGAAGGUCCUGAUCCGAGCUCAGGAGCAAGCAGAACUGGACCGAAUCGAGGAGCUGAUGGAGAAUGUGGAGGAGGAAUUAACGGAGCUGAAGAGGAGAGAUGCUGAGAUGGAGCACCUCUCGAGCACUCAGAAUGACAUCCACUUCAUGCAGUCAGUCCAGGCCUUCAAUCUCACUUCUGCAAAUGUCUUAAAGAUGAUGGUCAAUCCUCGGUUCUCUUUCGGCGAGGUUGUGAAAUCCAUGUAUGCGCUCAAGGAGCGGAUAGGAGAUGUCUGGGAGUAUGAAAUUGAUCAAAUAUCAGCAGCAGUGAAAAAGGACAAGAUUGUAGUUCCUUCUGAACCGAAGACGAGAAAGGACUUCCUUCAGUAUCUGGUCCCACUGUCUCUGGACCCUGACACAGCCCACUGGAGCCUGAGUGUGUGUGAAGAGAAGCUAGUGGCGUGUAGCACAGAGUGCCAGCCUUAUCCUGACCACCCAGAACGCUUUGACUGGUGGGCUCAGGUUCUGUGCCGAGAGCCUCUGAACACACGCUGCUACUGGGAGGCCGAGUGGACGGGUUUGCACGGAGUGGACAUCGCAGUCUCGUACAGAGACAUCACCCGGAAGGGAGAUGAUGAUGAAUGCAGCUUUGGGUACAACAAACAGAGCUGGAGUUUGGAUUGUGCCAUAUUGAAAUAUUCUUUCGUGCACGAUUAUGUGGAAACGGAAAUCCUGGCACCUGUAUCCCACAGGAUAGGGGUGUAUCUCGACUACAAAGCCGGAACGCUGUCCUUUUACAGCGUCUCAGACUGUAUGAAACUCCUCCACAGAGCAGAGACGAGGUUCACACUGCCUCUGUUUGCCGGGUUUGGGCUGUAUCCGGGAUCCACAGUGAAGAUAUGCCAGCCAGCCGUAGAGGAAAAACAAGAAGAUUCCCAAAGAGUCAAGAGAACUGUGAUACAACUGUGAAUGGAAAGAGCAUAUGAAGAAAAGAAAAUAAUGGGCUCCCCAUUGAGGCUGGUGUUUAGAUCUGUUGUCAGGGGAUCACCUGUUUGAAACCCAACAAUGCCACAGGCAUCCAUUUAUAAAAUUUGGCAGACACCCUUAUCCUGAAUGACUUGCAUUUAACUCAUUUAUACAGCUGAGCAUUUGAGGGUUAAGGGCAUUGCUCAAAGGCCCAGCAGUGGCAGCUUGGCAGUGCUGGGAUUUGACCUCACGACCUUCUGAUCAGAAGUCCACUGUCUACUCCACGUAGCUACCACUGCUUCUACAUGCCAUCCAUGCCCGAGAGUCCAUGGAAAGGAUAAAUAGAUUUUCUUUCAAUAACUAAUAAUGACAUUUUCUCUAGUGUCAAUCAGAGUAAUGCUAGCCAAUUACAGGACUUUGUUAGGCUCACUUAGU